AUGUCGUUCUUCAUAAAUAUGAUCCGUGACAAGUUUGUCACGGUACCGCCUCAAAAUAAAGAUUGCACAGACAAGACUUUUAUCAUCACAGGCGCCAACAGCGGUAUUGGCUUGGAAACAGCCCGGCGUCUUACAGAACUUAAUGCCAACAAGGUGAUUCUGGCAUGCCGAAGUAUCGAGAGAGGUGAGCAGGCCAAGAAGGAUAUCGAGCAGACGACAGAGAAACAUAAAGUCGUUGAAGUCUGGCAAUUGGAUCUCGCUUCGUACGAUAGCGUCAAGGAAUUCGCUACGCGCGUGAGAGGACUAGAGAGGGUCGAUGCCUUGAUCAACAAUGCAGGUCUUCUAACCUUUAAUCGUGAGAUGGUGGAGGGCCACGAGUCGGCCUUGACGGUCAAUGUCAUAUCGAUGGCUCUCCUUACGCUCCUCGUUUUGCCGGCUCUGAGACAAACGAUGGUGAGGUUUAAUGUCGUCCCUCGUAUUACUAUCGCGUCUUCCGACGCAUCCUUUGAUGGCCGUCUUCCUACAACAGAGGCAAAUAUCUUUGAGGCUCUCGACGCCCAACCCAGUGUCCUUGAGCACUACGGCAAAACCAAGCUCAUACAAACCAUGUUCAUGCAGCAACUCUCCCAAGCUGCCGACGCUUCUGGGAAAGGACACAUCAUCAUGAAUGCGGUACACCCAGGCUUCUGCGGUACACAGCUAUUCAAAAACGUAGCUUUCCCCUUCACCCUGUUCUUCUAUGGCCUUGUAGCAUUAUUGGGUCGGACUGCAGAGACAGGAGCUCGAGUAUUGCUGUCUGGCGUCUUUGCGGGAGAAGAGAUGCAUGGAAAGUUUCUGUUUAAUGGCGAGGAACGUGAGUUUCCAAAGUGCAUGCAGGGAAUUGAGGGUGAGAAGUUGAAUAAGCGGGUUUGGGAGGAGUUGUUGGAGUUGCUUGGGGAAAUUGAGCCUGGAGUAACGGAUAACAUUUAA